GCAGCAGGUGACGAAGAAGAUCUCAGCUGUUUUGUCAACAAUGUAGGAGCGUCCGCUCCGGAAAGCGGGCGUAGUAUGUAGCUGUUGUGCCUUUUCUGCUCUUUGGCGAUGUUCAGUCAGAGUAUAUAGUUUGGAAAUUUGAACGCUGGAGUGUGUAACAAUCAGGGUUGAGUAAACAUUUGCGAAAAUGAACAAAGACUCGCCUCUGUCGGGAGUAAAUGUAGUGCUUGUUAUGGCCUACGGGAGCCUGGUGUUUGUGUUGUUGUUUAUCUUUGUGAAGAGGCAGAUUAUGCGGUUUGCGGUGAAGUCCCGCAGAGGACCGCACGUCCCGGUGGGACACAACGCCCCAAAGGACUUGAAAGAAGAGAUCGAGUCACGGCUCUUUAAAGUGAAUAAUAUCCGCUACGAGCCGAAGUUGCUGUCACAUGAUGACGACAGACUGAAGCAGAAUGGCUGUUAUAACUACCUGUACAGAAUGCAAGCCUUGGAUGCCAUCAGAGAUGCCGACAUCCUUUCACCUGAUUUGGCCCGCAGCCCCAGCGCUCUGACCGGCCCCUGCUACAGGAAAUGGCUGCUAGACCUGCGCAAUUUUCACACACUGAUCAAAACCAGCCACAGAAGCCUCAUUGACCGCCUGCUGGACGGCUAUGACAACGCUCGUCACGGCACCGCGGUGUUCGGCGAAGCUGAAUUCCUCAAGUACAAAGAAGACUUGGCGGAGCUUGCUGCCAUUGUAAAGGUGCACUCCAGCACCAGCAGCCUGAAUCAUCAGCAUCAGUCAGCAGCUAAAGACCUGACUAGCUCACCUGGUCCGUCCUCAGCCUCCACCAUCCAGGUGACGUACCUGCCCUCCUCAGGCCAGCGCAGCAAGAGACCCAAACACUUCCUCGAGCUCAAGAACUUUAAGGAUAAUUAUAAUACGCUGGAGAGCACGUUAUAGGCACCAAUGCUUGUCUGGUCAGGCACACGGGAGGCCAGACAUUGGCAGCGGACUGGCCUUGAUGUAGAGGCGAGGACUCUGCUGACCUUGUACUGCAGUGUAAAGUGCAGAAUGAGUGUUAAAGACUGAAGCCGGGGCUGUUUAAACCUCAGUGACUUCCAGAGUAGAGAUCAACUGGUAUAAAGCACAGAGGCCAAUCUGUGACCGGCCAAAAGGAGACCGGACCGUAUUUUUGCGCAAUGGUGACAAGCCUAAAACUCGUCUUUUGGAAGACAGUUUAAAGGAUAGGGGCAGGAGAUGGUGUUAAGGUACGACCGGAUUUAUCAGUUAAAAUGGUGUCAGUGUUACCUACUGAGGAAAAGUCACUGCCGCUGUUCGUUCCUUGAUUCACAGCUGCCUGUAUGAACUAGAGAAUCCACAGAAAGAUUAGAAAUCAUGAACAAAUACAUUACUGUGACACUGUAUAACAAUUGGUAAGUGAUCGGGAGCAUUCAGAUGGGAUUUAGAAAAAGCUGACUAGCCACUUUUGAUGCUUAAUUUUCAGUAAUUCUCCCACCAAGUCAGUACAUUACUGUUGCAUCUGGUAUUAAAUAAGAAAAGUACGCUAGAACAGGAAACCCGGGAGACGGAACAAACGCUUGUACAUAUGCGAAGUCCUUUAAGUGCAAUUUAUUUGCAGUGUGUUCCGGAGGAAUGUGAAAAAUUUAGUGAUCGAUUUGGAACUAGAGCUGCUAUGCAUUGAGUCUGUGCAUAUGUGACUUAAAUCACGAAUCCUCACAAUCAAAACAAAGCCUUGUGUGUCUUUUUUUUUCUUCUUUUUCUUCAAAUGUUAAAAAGGUACCUAGUAGACGCACCCCAAAUCAAAUAUCAUGCACUAUUGUGUGUGUGUGAUGGUGUACUGAAACUGAACUGAGAAAUAAACUGGAAUAUUGUACGCUUCAUGCACUCAAUGCUUGCAGCUUUGCAUAUGUAGUGGAAGAGAGGCGAAAAAAUUGAAUAAUGUCUGACAUCACUCCUGUGGGCAAGAAAUCUUAUAAAGGUGUUUUAAAUUA